AUGCCCGCCAAUAUAUAUCACAGCCCUUCUCAACUUGCGUCCAAUACCUUGCACCCAUUCAAUGCGUUCCCCUCUUCUCGUCCAAUUUCGCCUCCAUCUGAAGGCGCCUCCGUUAACUCGCCCUUCUCUGCGUGGGCCAAAAGGUCCGCCCACCAGUCCUUGAAAAUGGAGCGCACCCCGCACGACAGAUCCGCACCCAUCUUGCUGGAACCGAAUACUCAGGAUCCAUAUCUGUCGGUCUCGUCCGACCAAGAAGAACUUGAUUUUCAAGCAUUUGCUCUCCGCUUGACACCUGUGGGGGGCAGUCCAAAUCAUGCCAGUUCCUCUCCGAUCGGGGCAAAUGAUGCCCUGAGCGCGAGUCCCACUCUUCAAACGAACUUCUGGGCCGCGGGAAAUGAGAACCCCAGUUCUAGCGCGUCCCCUGAUUCAGGUAAUUUUCUGGACCCAUCCAAUAUUGAGUUGAAUGGAUCCAACUGGCAGAAUGAAAGGUCGCUCAACGGGGAGACAACUGCGCCGGUUACACAGGAUCAAUGGCCAUCAGUUGUGGCCGUUGCGCCUUCCCAGCAGUGGCUCAACCCAGAGCAAACUAUCCCGAGCCCUUCUUCCAUUCAAGAUCUCGCGACGGCACAAAGCCAUGCACCCAGCCAGGGCUUGCUUGCUAGCGCUGACCAACGAUAUGGGCCAGCUCAACUAACUGUCACGACCGAGCAUGCCCCAGGAAAUGAUGUGGUGUCGGCUUCGACCGUCAGGGGGAGAAGUCCGCUAAGAAGCCCCAUUGGAAUUACCGUGGAGAGUGUGUCGCGUGGAGAUUCCCCGGUUGCGGGAAACCUCUGGCACAGUAGACGCCCGAGCCGAUCCUCGAUGCAUCUCUCGCCAGGGGGAAUGUCCAGUGACUCAGAAGAUGAUGGUAAUGUCGAUGAUGACCACCGAUCGGUCUCGUCCCUUUCUGUCGCACGAACCAAUAACGGAAAAUGGAUUCGGAGUCCAACGACUGGUCAUGGCGGCCUUGAACCUUCCUCUCGAGGGAACGAAUACGUACAAAGCCCCAACGAUCUCAAGGGACAGCGCGAACGCGAUCAGAAGAACCAGCAUAUUACCCUCUGGUUGAGCGCCGCCAGCACAGGAAUAGACGGCAAUCAGCCUCCGACCCCUCCUCCCCAAAGGAAGCACAUCAGUAACAGACUGCGAGCAAGGAGCACCGGAGACCGCCCUCUUCAGCAAGAAGACUAUUUUAGUCUAAAGUUCCAUGGUGGCAACAUGACCCCCGGACCCGGGGUCUUAGUGCAUGAAAGCGAGGGCAGCGAUGAUGAUGGUGAUGGUGAUUCUAGCGUCAAAACUAAUGGCUCAACGCCUGGUUCUCCCCCAGCUGAUGUCAACGAGCCCGGUCGAUAUGACCGUUCCACACCUGAAUGCUAUGCUUUACUCGGAUCGACCGGCCCCGCUGAGGGCAUCUGUCUUCAUCCUUGGCAGGAUCCCUCACGCGAUUCAACGCAGAGAAAAGAAGCCAUGCAGCCCGGGAGCUCUAGUGCGGCGAUGGUUGCGUUUGAAAAGCGGGCGAAGGAUAUCGAAACCGCGUCGCUGGCGGCGACUGUGGAUAACAACAGUCUAUUUCAUGUCAGGUCGGCUUUUACGGAGCUGAGCAUCACGGCUGAGCCGAAGCCUAAAGAGAGCGUUGGCACUCUCUUCCAGCGUUCCUUUUUGCACGCAACCUCGAAACUGAAGCGUCAAGCAUCGGAUUUCUCGAUUGCCAACGCCAAUACCAGUGCCCAGCAUACUAGCUCUGAAGUUCCACAGCGGAAAGAGAGUCACUCACACCGUCAUCGGUUGAGUUUAUCAUCAAGACAACAUAGUCGCUCCCCAAGCUUGACUAAUGCUCUGUUUUCUAUGACGGGACAGAUGGCAGCGAUUGGAGGAAACAAUGCAGUCCAUGCCGUCUCGCCAAAUACUGACGUAGCCCCGAAGGGUACUGCUAUUACGGCUCGAGGUCGAAGUCGAAGUGAAGUUCCACGACCUGUUACUGGGCUGAUGGCUCUGAUGACCAACCACGGUGGGCCGCCUGUUGCCAAUUUCCUCUCUUCGCCAAGGACUUCGACCGAGACUGAGCACGUGCGAGCCAGUGAUACCCCCGACGUUGGCACCGUGGCUAAGGAUGAAGAUGACGAUGAGGACCACAUGGAUGCAGCGGAUGAUAAGGGGCUUGUCAUGGAUUUUCCUCUGAUGUCACGUUUGCCAGUGCCAACGCUCGAAGGGUUUAAGCAGCAGAUCAUGGAUCUGAACCCACGACUCGCGCCGGCUCUGAUCGAACGAUUCGCGCGCGAGCAGGUCAAUCGAUAUGAGAGACUGGUGGCGCUGCAGCAGAAUCACGCAGCUGCUAUUGCCAAUCGUAAAUGCAAGUCGGGUAAAUUCUGUUUUGCUUUGGGAGGCAAAGCAGAAUUGCUGGAACAACGAAAAACGUCAACCUCUGUGGAAGCUGGGCAAACCCAAUUCCUUGUUGCGGAAUUGGUUAAUGGUCGUGACCCACCAUGCGUGGUAACGGAAGGAUCCCCUACCCCGGCUCAAUUUCCCGCCGGUGUGCCCAUUCCACCCGUUGGCCGCUUGCCUGCCGAAUUUGAGUGCUCCAUCUGCUAUGAGGUUAAAAAGGUUCAUAAACCAUCAGAUUGGUCCAAGCAUGUUCAAGAGGAUCUGCAGCCAUUCACAUGCAGCUUUCCCGAUUGCACUGAACCCAAGUCAUUCAAGCGUAAAGCAGACUGGGUCCGACAUGAAAACGAGAAGCACCGACAUUUGGAAUGGUGGGCCUGCUCUACAUGUAAUCAUAUCUGUUAUCGGAAAGACAACUUUGUCCAACACUUGGUCCGGGAACAUAAGAUGCCCGAUCCCAAGGUGAAGAAGGGCAAAGCAGGGGCCGAGGGACAGGCCAGCCGUGAUCGGUUAAUGAAGCUGCUCGACGAGUGCAGGCAUGAGACCAAAGAAACGUCGGCGUCGGAGCCCUGCCAAUUCUGCGGGAAUAUCCUUGGCAAUUGGAAAAAGCUAACGGUGCACCUGGGGAAACACAUGGAGCAGUUGGCAAUGCCGGUUCUAGAACUUGCCAAACAGGGCACCGCCACCCCUAGCCCAGCCCCUGCAGGAAUUUCUAGUGGGUCUGCCGAAACAUACCCUCCUCUUUCUGCACCGUUUUAUGGACAUCAGAAUACUGCAGGGGCGACGAUUCCCACUCCGCAAUAUCCCACUGGCAAGGCUAGCCCUCCUGUCAGCGCAAGCAUCCCUUGCGACGUGUCACUUCUUGGCUAUCCCUCUAUCUCGGGCACCAUCCUUUCGACAGAACCCGAACCGAUGGCCGACCCCUUCCCGGGUGAUCAGUAUUCUUACAUUAACCAAUUUGACCAAGCCACGCUCCACCCGUCAGCCGAGACCCACCUCCCGCAUCAUCAAAACUCUGUGACGUACCCACCGCCAUACAAUGCGAUCCACCGGCCAAGAACACCCGACGCGAACGCUUCUGUAAUGCCAUCUUAUCAGCUUCCUCAAAGCUCGCUAUACCCCGCACAAGCAAGCUACCCGCCUUAUCAUAUGGCUCCUACCUCACCAUAUGGUUCCUAUACGCACAGCUAUUCCUCGCAAAUGUGA